GGACCGGGCCGAGGCAUGGCGCUGCUGCGGGGAAGCUGGGGGGCGCUGAGGGUCCUGGGCCGGCCCGCCGCCCUCCGGGCCCCCGCCGCCGCAGCCGACCGAGGGCUGCUGGAGCCGCCCCCGCCGAGCAGUUCUGUCUGUGGAUUGGAGUGGUUUAUGAAAGACUGUACUUUAUCUAAUGCUCCAAAGAAACCUUGGUCUUCAUACAUUCGUUUUUCAAUGGAACAUCGACCCAUACUCAAAGAACAAAAUCCAGAUUUGAAAAACACAGAGAUAAUUAAGAAGCUUGCUGAAGCUUGGAGGGAGCUUCCAGAAUCACAGAAGAAAGUAUAUAAAGAGGCUACCAACGCAGCUUUAAAAAUAUACAAAGAAGAGGCCUUGAAAUACAGAUCACAGCUCGAUCCUAAUCAGAAAAAAAUUUUAAGAGAAGAGAGCCGUCGAAAAAAGGCUAGAAGGGAAUUAAUAAAGAAAAAAAGAGAAUUAACCAUCUUUGGAAAGCCCAAAAAACCUCGCUCAGGUUAUAACAUUUUUAUUUCUGAACACUUUAAAGAAGCAAAAGGGACUUCAGCACAGCAAAUGAUGAAGAUUUUAAAUGAAGAGUGGAAACAUCUGUCAUCAUCUCGGAAGCAGGUAUAUCUGCAACUUGCCGAAGAUGAUAAAAUUCGUUAUGAAAAUGAAAUUAAAUCGUGGGAAGAAAAAAUGCUUGAAAUUGGACGAGAUGAUCUUUUACGUUUUAGGAAGCUAAAAGCCAAAAUUGGAAAACACCUUGAAGACAUCUAUUGAUGUUUGCUUCUUCGUAGUGAAUAUGAUAAAUACUCACGAACCAAUCAGGUCUCUGUCUAUGCAGGACUGUGGCAAACUUUCUAAGAAUGAUGUUGGCGAACAUUUUGUAUUAAUUUACUUUUUGUUAACAUAUGGACUUCAGACAGUAUGCUGACAUAUUUUGGAUUAGCUCCUAGCUAUGGAUACUCCACUGGCAUAGACUCAGACUGAAUUUAGACAUAUUUGCUUUUGGAACUACUGAAUACCAAAAAAAUUCAUGUAAGUGUAGGAGGGAUUAAUGUUACCUUUAGAUAAAAGUAAAUCAAACUGUGAAAUAUUUUUGAUACUGGAUGAUGACAAGAAAGUAUUCUUGUUUCCUAAUGAGGAAACAAGCAUUUGCUUUUCUCCAAUUGUCUUAAAUUAUAGAAGCCACAGUGGUCUAAGCUAUCACUGUUGUGGAUUUUUAAAGAAUGAGAAACUGACCUAGGUAAAUUUCAGUACCUAGGCAGGUUCUAAUUCCUAGGUAAUACUAGCUCAUAGAGUAUUCAGAGGUGAUGAGUGGACACACAUACAAUUGCUGAUUUCAUUUAUGACUUUUUUAAAAACUACUGAAGGAUUUGUAAAUGUUUCCAUCCAUCCUUUUCUUUGUAAAGUAAAAAGAUUAUGUCAACUCUGUGCACAUUGGUGUUUAUAUCACAGAGAAUAAAAUCUUCUAAUGUAUUCUACCUAAUUUA